AUGUCGGUCUAUGAACGUGUUCGAGAUCAGGAGCUGACGGCGCUAGCUGUAGAGCUAUUAUUAUUAUUAUUAUUAUUAUUAUUAUUAUUAUUAUUAUUAUUAUUAUUAUUAUUAUUAUUAUUAUUAUUAUUAUCAUUAUUAGUUAUACGAACUUUAUCAGGCUUUCGAGUGAAAUAUGCAAACAAUACGAUACAGCUAUACUAA